CGUGGUUGUCAAAUCCUACGUGCAUUUUGUUAUAUAUGUACUGUAUGUACACUGUUUGUAUAUUUUUUGCAAAGUUGAUAAAAUAUCUUUUGUUUACCUGUUUGCCUAGGAAUUUAUAAUGAGUGACGAUGAUCGAGACAUCGACAUUGAGAGCGAUGAAGGUGACGAUUCCGAUUCUAGGCAGAGGCAUUCAAACAAUACCCAAUAUUAUUCUCAAGCAGAAAAACGGGCACACCAUAAUGCGUUGGAACGGAAACGUCGGGAUCAUAUUAAGGAUAGUUUCUCCAGCCUUAGAGACUCUGUACCUGCCUUGCAAGGAGAAAAGGUUGCAAGUAGGGCACAAAUACUGAAGAAAGCUGCUGAGUAUAUACAGUUUAUGCGACGCAAGAAUUCCUCCCAUCAACAGGAUAUUGAUGACUUGAAACGCCAGAAUAAUCUCUUGGAGUCUCAAAUUAGGGCACUUGAGAAAGCAAAGAUAACAGGCAAUUUCGCUGCUGAAACUUGUGAAGUCACAAAGUCAGAAGGUGUACCAAUGCCUGGAUACAAUGACACAGAGUCUGAAUCAUCAGAUAGUGAAACUAGCAGAACAGUUCGUCAAUCAAAAAAACUGAAAGUUGGAGGCCUCCACCAUUGACCAAUGGUUUGAUCUAAUUUUUGUUUUGAUAAAAAUUUAUUCUUACGUUACUACUAAACUCCAUAUAUGAGGACAUCUACUGAAUGGAGUCUUUCAAUGGAAUCUUGAAUGUCUUAAAACCGGUGUACAAAAUAUUGUCCAAAUUAUAAGUAAUGCUAUUGUUUCAUUCAAAGAUUAAUGAAAUAAUACAUUACUAACACUUUGGAGUAGAUUCUUAAAAUUUGUUAAAAAAUUGGACUUAUUUUAUUUAUGAAAUUAGUUGUUUAAUAUAAAGGAAAUAAUGUAUUGUGAGGUGUUAUGGUUUAUACUUCUAAAUUCUUAUACUGAUAAACUAAUUAAAUUUAAUUAAGGUUGUACUAUUAGUAAUCACUUUGUCAAUACAAAUUCAAGCAAUACAUUUCCUUAAAUAUAUAAUCUCUUUCUAAAAGAGAAUUUCAAUUUAAAAUCUUUCCUUUGUUUUUUAUAAUUCUUAAUUUAUUUAUAGAAGAUUACUUAUCAUAAUUAUUGUAUUGUUGAUUUAUCGAAGAAUCUGAAAAUACUAGAUAUAUGCUCAAUUGUAAAAUUUAUGAAAGUUUUGGAAUUAUUUUUUCGUUUGAAAAAGAAUUUAAUAAUUAUAUGAAUAAAAUUUUUAUUACUAGAAGAAAAUAUAUUGAAAUAAAUAGAAAUAAAUAUAUUAGAAAAUGUAUUGUAAUAAGAAUUACUCAAUUUUAAUCACUUUUUAACCUUCUACAUAUAUGUCUAUAUGAUAGAAAGUAAGUAUUGAUAAUGGUGUAUGUUUAUUUUAAUUAGAGUAUUUUUUUAAGAAAAACGUUUCUCCUUUUGAAUUUUAUAGAAGUCUUUGUAAAUAGAUGGAAAGUAUUAUAUCAAUUAGUUCUAGAGUAAUAUUCUUUUAACAGGAAAUGUUGUACUCUAUAAUAUUAAGAAAUACGAAAUUUAUUUUAUAAAUUAUGAAGAAUUUAUUAAAAUCGAAUGUAAAAUUAUUAGAUACUUAUAAUCAGUAGAAAUAAAGAUCACUUGUGAAAUACAUUUUAUUUAUAUGCAUAUCGUUCUAAAAGGUAUAUAUGUAUACAAAGUGACCAAACAAAUAGUUUAUUCUCAUGAUCUUUUUUUACAAGAUUUGUAUGUCAUCUCCAUUUCUUUUAAAUAAGAUAUAAGAUAAUAAAAAAUAUAUUUAUUCUGUAGUAUCCUUAUAGAAUAUGGUAAAUCUUAAUAGCUAUACUAUUUCCAUCAUUUAAUCUCGAGAUAUUUACGCCUGAUCGACAGGUGGCAAAAUUAAAAUCGAAAUUUUACUGGUCCUUGGGCAGAAAGAAUUUUUUAACAUUUGAUAAUUCGAAAGAAAGUUUUGAAUAUAAGGAAUUAAUUAAGAUUAGUUUUAUCUAAGUAUUAAUUAGAUGCGAUUAGUGUAGUGUUCUAUCUUGGAUUUGGUGACAGCAUCUAUAUGAAAAUUUUGCUUAUUCUUAGUAUUAUUGAUUUACUAUAAGAUGGCGCCAGCAUGUACAAAAUAAGGACUACACUCAUUGUAUGUAAUUAAUUAAUUCUGUAGAAAAUCGGAAUAAUGACACAAAGAUGAUAUAUAAAUACAGAGAUGGUUUAUGAGAGUUAAAACUUUAAUUUAAUCCUUGAAUAGUUUAAGAAUUUGCUCUGCAAAUCGAGAAAUUUCAUUUUUUAAUUUAAGCAUGGUGGCGCCUUCAUUCGGGAGUUAGUAGUACUCUCAAGAAGUAAAAUUUUGCAUAUAUUCACACUUGGAAAACUGUCAAAAUAGACGUAGUUAGACCAAAUUUAGGACAUUGUAUGAAUUAUCAUUUAUGAAUAUAUUAAACCAAUAACAUUACCAACAUAAAAUUAGAGUAACUAGAAACAACAAUCAUAAAUAAUGAAAUGAUUUAAAAAUAUGUACAUUUAUUAGCAAAUAUACAGAUAAGAUAUAAGUUUAAUCACUUAAUUGAAAUAUGUUUAUUUAAUCACUUCCAAAAUUUAAUUUUAGGCAAAAAAUGAAAAUAUAAUUUUAAACACGUAGGAGAGAAAAUAUGCGAAUAAUUUGAAACUUUAGACAGGUUAUGGGUACCACAUACGAGAAACUGUUAAUUAUCAAUCACAUAUACCACUCCAAUAAAGAAUAAUAGUAUGCAACGACAAUGAAAUGGACGAUUCUUGAUCUCUGAUAGUAGAAAGUUGCUGUUAAUCUGCACAAAAUUUCUCCUAUUAAGCACACAUUACACAGACCGUGAUAAUUAAUACAAAAAAUAAUGAGCAUAAUGAACGAUACAAUUAAUAAACUUCCAUUUAAAUAAUCAA